CUCCCCAGGCCCGCCCCUACCCAGGAGGUCGCUUGUGAUCCCCAGCCGCCUUGAACCUUCCGCGCCGUCCCCACUGCGGCCCUGCCAUGAAGCCCAACUUCUCUCUGCGACUGAGGGUCUUUAACCUCAACUUUUGGGGCAUUCCAUACUGGAGCAAGCACCGGGUAGACCGCCUGCAGCGCCUGGGAGACUUCCUGAACUUUGAGAGCUUUGACUUGGCUCUGCUGGAGGAGGUGUGGAGUGAGCAGGACUUCGAGUCCCUAAAACAGAAGCUGUUGCCCACCUACCCAGCUGCACACUACUUCAGGAGCGGAGUCUUUGGCAGUGGCCUUUGCGUCUUCUCCAAACACCCAAUCCAGGAACUCACCCAGCAUGUCUACACCCUCAAUGGCUACCCUUACAUGAUCCAUCAUGGCGACUGGUUCAGUGGGAAGGCUGUGGGGCUGCUGGUGCUCCAUCUAAGUGGACUGGUGUUCAAUGCCUACGUGACCCAUCUCCAUGCAGAGUACAGUCGACAGAAGGACAUCUACCUAGCACAUCGUGUGGCCCAAGCUUGGGAACUGGCCCAGUUCAUCCACCACACAUCUAAGAGGGCAGAUGUGGUUCUGUUGUGUGGGGACCUCAACUUGCACCCAAAAGACCUGGGCUGCCGCCUGCUGAAAGAGUGGACAGGGCUGCAGGAUGCCUACCUUGAGACCCAGGACUUCAAGGGCUGUGAUGAAGGCUGUACAAUGGUACCCCAGAACUGCUACGUCAACCAGCAGGAGCUGGAGCCGUAUCCCUUUGGCAUCCGCAUUGACUAUGUGCUUUACAAGGCUGUUUCUGGAGUUUGCGUCUCCUGUAAGACCCUCAAAACCACUACGGGCCAUGACCCUCACAGUGGCACCCCCCUCUCUGAUCACGAGGCUCUAAUGGCAACUCUAUAUGUGAGGCACAGCCCCCUGCAGCACAGCCCCAGCCCCACCCAUGGAGCAGCAGAGAUGUCACCAUUGAUCACUGUGCUAAAGGAGGCUUGGACGGAACUGGGUCUGGGUAUGGCUCAAGCUCACCGGUGGGCUGCCUUCGCUAGCUGCGUGAUCGGUCUGGGGCUGCUUCUCCUGGUGCUGCUGUGUGCACUGGUGGCCAGAGGAAAGACCAGCGAAGUUACCUUGCUGCUUUUGAGCCCCAGUGUGGGACUGAUGCUGGGAGCAGGUGCAGUCUACCUGUUCCACGUGAAAGAGGUCAAAGGCUUAUGUAGGGCCCGAGCUGAGCUCCUGCACAUGCUGAGAAGGGCCAGGGAUGCCGAAGACCUGGGCUCGGUGUCUCAGCCAGCCCAGCAGGAGGACAGAGCUGAAGAACAAUAAAGCUUCACAGUCUUUAGUGGCUCUGCCUUUUUCCUUAUAGGGGCAGUGACGCGGGCCAAGGGUCAGUGUGAUUGUCACAGUGUAGGCCAUAAGACUCCUACACAUCUUCUGCCCUCUCUGCACGCCCCCUA